AACGCACAGAGACGAAUGGCGAGGCCUACAUUCUUUAUAUCAAGUAAAGAGAGAGACAAUGAUUUUAUUUGAAAUUAUGAAUGCUUUAUUUGUGGUAUCAGGUAUGUUGUCAUUAACAUUUUAGGAUUAAUAUGAAGAACAUAAAAGAAGUAUAAUUUUUUUUUACAAAAUCUUAAAUAAUGAAGGAAUCAUUUUUUAAAAAGUAUGAUUUUCUGAACACAUAAUUCAGCACCAAAAAAUAUUCCUUGACACAAUAUAAAAAUUAACAAUAUAACUGAUCCAAACCUGUUUUGUUAACUCUUUUGACAAGCUAGGAUGUCUUAAAAAUAAAAAAAAAUACACUUUGAAAAAAAAAAAAAUUCAGUUACCUUAAAAUAAUAUAUUUCAGCAUUGACCAUCUCUACUGAAGCUUUCUGGAUGACGUCAGAAGUAUUACACUCGGGAGUUUCAACAAUUCCGUCAACGAACAAGCGAGAGGCCUGUCAGAAGAACGCCAAUGGCGAAGGAAUACUCCUUAACAGUGUAAUAUAUCGGUACAAGGUGAGCACAAUAAAUUUCAAGAGUUUUGUAAAGACAAAGAAAACAACAAAGAGUAUUUUAUUGUAUGCAGUAGUUUGUCAUAUAAUAAUAAUAAUAAAGAUUAUUUAAAAAUCACGCUUCAUCCCCAAAGGCUCUAAGCGUGGUACAUACAACAUUGAAGUACACAUUCAACAUUACAAAACUACAUACAAGAAUACCUACCCAUUCUAAGUCUUUCAUACCUUGCAACAAUAAACAACUGUCUCGAAAAAGUGAUGCGCCUUGUAUGCUGACAGAAAGGCUCAAACAAGUCGCACCGAGUGAGGUGAUCCAGGAGCUGCAGAGAUCGACUUUCUCCAAAAUUUUGGAUACGAAUUGUAGAUUAGAGACGGGGCGAUAAUUUUCAAACACAUUCACCUUUUUUAGUAGUGGAGUUACAACCGCAUCUUUAAAAGAGGAUGGAACAUGACCAGACUUUAAAUACCGAUUUAUGAUAUAAGUUAUGAAAGGUACUAUUUCAUCUAAACAUUCGUACAACAGCCUUGCCUGAAGAGGAUCAAACAAACAUGACCUUUUCGGGGAGUCAACAAGGAUUUUCUUAACAUCCGGCUCAGUGACCUCCAAAAAUUCGCUCAGAGGUGUGCCGUUAUACUGCAAGAAUUCGGGCGCAUCGGUGCAAAUGUCAAGUCUUGCCCAGAUCUUCGUAACUUUCGCUAUAAAGAACUCAUUGAAAGGGUUUGACAGCUCGCCCACGGCAAUGUUAUUUGGUAAAGAUUUGUCCUGUAUAAAGAUAUAAAUUAUAGAAACAUGAUUAAUGAGGUUUUUUUUUUUUUGUUGUUUUUUAAAAUUUAUUUACGAUGAAACUUACGACAGUGCAAUAUAGUUAUUUUGACACAAUUCUUUUGCUGCUCUCUAGAAUACUGCUUCUCAGCUAAUUAAAAUUUAAAAAAAAAUAUGUUUUUUUUUUUUGUUUUGUCCGCUGACGAAGGCUUUCUGUCAACACGUUCGUUGUUUUGUUACGUUUCUUUUUUCCCUGUAUGACUUUACUUUUUUUUUAUAUUAAUUUCAUAUAUUGACACUUCUUUAAAUCUACUCUACUUUCAAAACGUUGUUCACAUUAUAUGUUACAUAAUUAUGAACUACGCUAUGGUCUAGACAUUUUUUUCAAUUUUCUUCAUCUGGAAAUCAUUAAAAAUAUGUUUUAAGGAAAAGCAAUACUGCUACCAACUGGUGAAUGCGUCCAGUGUUCUGAUGCAAACCUUUAGAAGACAUUGUAAUGGCAAGAGUCGGUGCUUGUUAUCUCG